UCGACGUCAUCAGGAGAAAUUAAACAUGGCCGACAGCCAGUCGGUGCUAGAUGGCGAAAGUUAGCUAAACGCGUUGGGUGAAAUCUGCGAACCUCUCGGUCUUUGCUGCAGGUAUUUGAACUUUGUUGCGUGCUUUGACUGUAGCGUUAUAUUUGGGAACAUCUCGCCCGUUAAAUGGAGGUUCUAGUUGAGUGCGUUUGUCCGUAAAAGGCCUCAGUAAACCGGACGUUAGCCCGCAGUGUUAGCCACGUUAGCUGCUUUUGUUUUUGUAGCGUUAACAUUAACGUUAUGCGCUAGAAGGCUGGCACCGGGAAGCCUCGUUAACCUUUUAUAUUUGACUUUUUCUUAGUGUGUUUUUCGGAACUGGACUUGUAGGUUUUUUUAGGUGGCUCGCCUGCGGAGGUUUUAGUUUCGUGUUGGGGUCCGGGUCCGGGGUGGGGUCCUGCCCGUCUUGCAGCGUGUCGGCGGUGCUGUUUAUUUGAUGCCAGCUUCGCAGAAACGGACUGUACCUGUUGGGGGACAUUACGACAACAUGGAUUCAAAGCGCUCACAUGGAAGACCUCAGACCGCCAGACCCGGCGGAGGGCAGCAGCAGCAGCAGCAGCAGCAGCAGCAGCGACUCCAGCCCCGCGUCCCCCUCCAGCAGACCCGCACCGGCGGCGAGCAAUGCCCCGGUUCCCGGGGGAAACGCGUUCGCCAACGACGGCAGCUUCAUGGAGAUGUUCAAGAAGAAGAUGGAGGAGGAGAAGAGGAAAAAGCAGACGCAGCAAACAAGUGGAGAGGAGAGGAGAGCCACCACCGAGCAAGGACAGACAUCAGUGGAAAAGAAGCCCCCUCCCGUGACCAGCUUUGUAAGGGGUUUGGCAGUUGUGGGGAAGCGCAGAGGUGGUGUGUUCCUAAAGACCGGCAUGGUUGCGAAGAAGCAGAAAGACGACUCAGAAGCGGAGCCAGGCAAGAGCGAUGCUUGGUCAAAGUACAUGGCUGAGGUCAAAAAGUACAAAGCCCACCAGUGUGGUGACGACGAUAAGACCCGCCCUCUGGUCAAGUAGGUCUCCGAAGGGGCCCGACUACGUGGAAGCGACGAUGUUUUGAGGGGACGAGCGUCUGGGAGAAGCUCCGGGAGGACCGGGCCAGUCCUGACCUUCUCACGCUGCCACUUCAAGUCCCCCCUUCGCAUCAAGUCUUUCACAAACUGCUUAGAUUGACAGGCCUUUCCCCCAUUUUUGUAAUGUUUUUUUGUUUCUCUUUAUUUGUCGGACUCCGGUAAUCGAAAGUCCGAAGGUGAUCCAUAGACCUGCCGUUCAUUAUUGAUGAUUAUUAAAUGUUUUCACAUUUUCUUAUGUCUGGGUUAAGUUUAGGUUUCCUUAAUAGUUGGGUUUGAUUUAAUAGCCAAAUCAAGGUGACCAUUAAAUCUCCACGGCCCAUUAA